AUGCUAGUGUUCUUUGGCGCCAUCUCUAUCUAUGCGACCCGUGUGAACCUCAGCGUCGCCAUUGUUUGUAUGGUGGACGCGGAUGACACUCGAAACUUGAAGAAUAACUCCAAUCACGCAGGGGCAUCCACCAAUAAAACAACACCUCCCGGUCAGCAAGAAGCGGUCAAGUUCCAAUGGUCCAAGCAGACGUCUGCAGCACUGUUGGGCGCCUUUUUCUGGGGCUACAUGUGCACCCAGGUUUUUGGCGGAUGGCUGUCAGUCAAGAUCAGACCGACGAUCAUUAUUCUGGCAUCUGCCUUAUGUUCAGGAGUGAUAUCCGCGGUGUCGCCUCUGGCCGCAUCGAUCAGCUAUUCGCUGUUCUACGCUUGCAGGGUGAUUCUGGGAUGUGCUCAGGUCGAAAAGAAGACCAAAGUGAUAUUUGGCGGAUCGAUGAGCAGCAGCAUCACGAAGCUCACCCAGAAAUAUAAGAAAUACUAA